AUACGCGCCACUCAUGAACUAGCGGUUUGGCGGACUUGGUCAAGUUAUGCAGGACCCUACGUUGCAGUUUUUGCGUACUUUAGUUACUCAUGGAGAAAACAAGUACUGUUUUGAUUGUCAUCAAAGAGGCCCGACGUACAUAAACAUCACAAUUGGUUCCUUUGUUUGUACAACAUGCAGUGGUGCUCUGAGAAAAUAUAACCACAGAGUGAAAUCAAUUUCAAUGUCAAAUUUUUCCCAGUCAGAGAUUGACUUCCUUUGCACUCGUGGAAACAAGGCAUGCCGAAAAAUAUAUUUGGCUCUUAGCGAAGACCAAACCAUGACUGAGAAAGACUUGAAAGAUGGAGCUUUAGAUAAUUAUUUAAGACAGAAGUACCAGCUACAAAAAUGGUAUCGCGAACCAACGUCACAGAUAGAAUCUGAAGCUUUGAAAGAAAAUCGAGAACUUCUUGAGCAGUCAGAGAAAAACAUGAAUCAGAAAGGCCAACGUAAUACAUGUGGUAAUGCAGCUGCUGGACUUAUUGUUCUGCCUACUCGUUCAAGUACUAAUCUUCCUUCCCAAAGCAAUCUAACCAGCGGGACAACACAAGUUAGUAAUGUCAAUGGAGACAGCUUGAUACCACAACAAUCUGUCACAAAUCAUUUCACCUUUAGUCAAAAACAGGAUGCAUUUAACAAAGCGACCGCUGAUCCAUUCGCUUCUUUUUCCACUCCAACUUCUUCCUCUUCAAAUACUAUUGCUGUUACCACCACUACCAUAACAACAACUACUACUACGAAGUCUGAUCUCUUCGCGAAUUUCUGUCCUGAUGUCCUUACUUCUAUAAAUAAUUCAACAGUUAAAUCAUUCCCUUCUAACAUAAAUCCUACUAUAUCGAAUAUUUACUCAAGUUCAUCGAUAAAUACAAUGUCUAGUUUCCCUGGUCCAAGUGGUGGAGAUAAGUAUGCCGCACUUGCAGAAUUGGAUGGUUUAUUUAAAAAUACCGGACUUAAAUCAAUGAAUCCAGAAAUAAUGGAAAAAGGUACAAAUGAUAUUACAUUACCUAAAACCAAUGUGUCUAGUGUAUCAGCCAGUCAAUGGGUCACCCCAUUCUCACCUCAUAUUUCUUAUUCCAAUAAUCCUGUUGUCGAAACAACACAUGGAUGGUCUGCGAAUACAUCUUUCAAGGAUAGUUUACAAUCACUCAAUCCCUUUGCCAAUCCAACAGUUGGAGUUCCAAAUCCUCCAGCUUUUAACAGAUUUACUAAUCCAUUCACAAGUUAUCCCAUUAUGACAGUACCUUCAAGUAUCAAUCAGUUUCCUGAAACUUUGAGUCUAUCUAAUCCAGAAAGUAAAAACCCAUUCCUCUCAAAUGCCCAGCAGUCAUUUAAUGCAAAUCCAUUUUCUAACUUGGCGAACUCUACAUCUGCCCAUUAUCAUUCACAAGUAACUGCUAGUUCUUUUUCACCCACCAUGCACCCAGCUAAUAAUUUUCCUACAAAAAUGAAUAAUCCCGUGGCUCUCUAUUUUCAUUAUGAUUCGCUGUAGAUGGAAGACCAGUGAUAAAAUCGAUAAACCAAACUGUUAACAAUAGUAGUUGCUUACGCUUAAUAAAUUUGGCCUAGAUGUAAAUUUAGGAAGAUAGAGUAUACAACGAAGGUGAAUGAUAUUGCUUCUGAAAAUGUGUAAGCAGCUAACAUUUUCUGAUUCACUCUAUUCUAAAAUGAAUUUUUUUCCCAAAAACACUGGAUUAUUGUUGACGAUCUUACUGAUCAAAGCUUCUGCAUGGCAUCGAUUUUCAAUGGAGUAGUUGGACAACUUGGUCAUACUAGUGAUUCUACUACUCGUUAUCAAUUGUCCAAUUUCAAUCCUUUCUGAAUAGAUAGAAAGAGAAAAAUAUUACAAUGAUACCAUGCUUUCUUUAUUGAAUAAUUUUGAUUUCAUUGUCGGUGAUAGAUGCUAUUCUCCUUUUUAAAAAAAAUACUUAAUUUAAGACCCAUUAUGACAUUCGAAUAGUGUGUGUGUGUAGGGGAGAAGGAGCGAAGUAGAUUUCAGUGAUACAGCAUUUUAUUUUCUGUUUUCCUCUCACUGUAUUUUUCCUCUUUAGUAGUAGUAGUAGUAGUGUUCUUUAGAAAUUUAUCAAUUUCACUUAUUAUUGUUAUCUCAUUGUCAUCAACAUCGUCAUAAUCAUUAGCGGUUUCCGUUCAUUAUACACGUGUGUUCCUUCUUUCCCCGUUAAUUUCAUCGAUAAUAAUAAUAAUAAUAAUAAUAAUAAUAAUAAUAAUAAUAAUAAUAAUAAUAAUAAUAAUAAUAAUAAUAAAUCUCUGAAUAUAAUACGUCGAAAUCAGUUAUUUUAAUCAGCAUCAGUCAACUCAUAUUUCACUCUUUCAAUACAGUUGGAGUAUGUGAACCACUUCAACAAUGUAUGUGUGUGUGUUGAAUUUUGUAAAACUAUAAUUGUUUUUCUUUACAAGAAAGAAAAAUCUCAUUUCCUUUUUAGAUCAAUCUAUGUGACAAUCAUUGAGUAACAUUCCGAGAGAAUUAUUACAUAAUAUUCUUGUUGUAUUUUUUCAAUGUUGAAAAAGAUCCAAUUUAUAAUUUAUGACUAUUUCAGUAAUUCUCUCUAUCUCUGUCGAUCUGUGUAUGUAUGUAUGUAUGUAUGUAUGAAUCUUGAAAUGACCUAUCUCUAUAAUGCUGAGCUAAUUACCUCUUUCUCUCUCUCUUUUAAUCUAUUCAAUCUAUUUACAAAUUGACUUGAUAACACUAUUGCUUUGACUCCUUUUCAAAAUUUACAAAAUCCUAGGCGUAUAUUGUAAUUCUUAACUGGAUUAUUAUCCUUUUGUUUUUAUUUUAAUGAUUAGUUUCUAUUUACUUUUUUUUUCUUUUUUUUAAUGAGAGAUAUUUUUCUUGAGUUUAUUUUCCCGUCCACUUUCCCAAUGAUAUAAACUUUCAAUUUAGUCAUUUGUUAUAACAACUAAUCUUUUGUUUGUUUGUUAGACAAUUCUGAUUAACAAAAUCACAUAACUACAAAUACGAAACUAUUUGAAUUGGAUCUCUGUUGUAAAUGACAAAAAGCAUACUAUACAUCUCAUUCAUUGGUGUGUGUGUGUGUGUGUUUGUGUUUAUAGCUCGUGUAAUAAAAGUGAGAUAAAUACAUUUCUUUUUGUGAAUGUCACUACUUAGUGUUUCCCAAUACAGAUCAUUACAGUGUGUACGGUACGCUAUAUGUUCUAGUCUAGCGUGUUUGUUUCAGUGAUGAUAAUGUAUGUGUGUCUGUGUAUGCUGUUUAAUAUUCAUUUUGGAUGUUUUUACUUUCGUGAUCAGUUUUUUAGGUGUCUAAUGUGUAGGUAUGCUUUACCCUGCAAUCUGAUUCUUAUCAUUAUUGGUUAAUGUAAUUAAUUCACUUGACUAUUGUUAAAUUAUUCACCUUUUUUUCUCUGGUAAAAAAGCGUUAAUUUUUUAUGUAUGCUAAUUAGACUCCGUCAUUAUUGUAUUAUAUAUGUGGAGCAUGUCAGUGCGUAUUCAUCUGCCGUCAUCAUUUAACUCAUUCCUCUCUCUCUCCAUAUAUACAUAUAUUCACUACAUCACACUACAGAUUCUCCGAUCAUUAUUAUUAUCAUUACUAUUCACAUUGUUAGCAGUAUUAUCAUAACAACUUAUUGAUAAUAAAAUUGAAUCGAAUAAAUUGUGUCCAAAUCGUAGUCUCAAUUGAAAACAGAAAUAUAAUUUAGUUUUUAUGUCUGAUCGUUUGUGUGUAUGGGUUCGUUUCUAAUCAUAUAUAUAUGUGCUAUGUGUGCGCGCGCUACCUUUUCGCAUUCCUUAUGGUCGAAUUCCUGUGUUGUUUUUUUAAUAUCUUAAAUUUACUUUCUAUUUCCGAUUUCAUUAGACUGGUUAAUGAUAAAAAUAACAAUAGCCAUAUGUAACACAUUAUUAUCAUCGUGUUCUUACAUCUUUGUUCCUUAUUUAUCUGACUAUUCUAACGAGGUGGGACGACUGAAGUAAUCAAUAUUGUCUUAUAAUUGAAGUGCUAACUGAGGGAAUUGUAUUGUCAUUACUAUAAGCAUACUAUGCAGUAGUUACCGUUUAAGUGUAACAUUCAUACAAUGUGUUAAGUGAUUCAUCUUAUUUCAUUUUUUAAAAGUAAAGUAUAGAAUUCACCUGUUUAAUUUUCCUUUAUUGUUAAUCAAAGUACAUUAUAAUUCUAAUCAGUCAUAACAUAGAUACUGGCACAAAUAUAGAUGUAAAUGAAAUCUGUUCAUUGAAACAAAAAAUUUCAAAGAUUGUUUCAGUAGAGUUCUCUCUUCGGCAAAUUCAUUUUUCAAAGCUUCAGAUCAAAAAUAUAUACUCGUUUUUUUCAGAAUGAUAAUGAAUAUAACUGUUAAUAAGAAUGAUGGUUAUGGUAAUAAAUUUGCUAA